GCCCACCAAUGAACUAAGUGCCUGGAACUCUUUAAUGGGGGUCUGAACUUAAAAACUGUAUGACGGGCGGGCUCCCUUUAAAGCCACGAUCGCCUGGCCCCGGGACAGCUGCCCCCUCUGUGCCCCACUGUUCAUAAUGGCGGGGGUUAUUAGGCGUCUGGAAGAGACAGUGGUUAAUCGUAUAGCUGCUGGGGAGGUUAUCCAGAGGCCGGCCAAUGCAAUCAAGGAAAUGAUUGAAAACUGUUUAGAUGCCAAAUCGACCUCCAUCCAGGUGACAGUGAAGGAUGGAGGCAUGAAACUUAUCCAGAUUCAGGACAACGGAACUGGGAUUAGGAAGGAAGACUUAGACAUAGUGUGUGAGAGAUUUACUACAAGCAAGCUACAGUCAUUUGAAGAUUUGUCCAAUAUUUCCACUUACGGAUUUCGAGGAGAAGCAUUGGCCAGCAUAAGUCACGUGGCUCAUGUUACAAUAACCACAAAAACAGCAGAUGGAAAAUGUGCAUACAGAGCAAGCUAUGCAGAUGGCAAGCUAAAAACACCUCCAAAACCUUGUGCUGGAAACCAAGGAACCCAGAUUUCGGUUGAAGAUCUUUUUUAUAAUAUUUCAACAAGGCGAAAAGCUCUAAAGAGUCCAAGUGAAGAGCAUGCAAGAAUAGUAGAAGUUGUCAGCAGGUAUGCUAUCCAUAACUCUGGAAUUAGUUUUUCAGUCAAAAAGCAAGGUGAAACUAUGGCAGAUGUGAGAACAUUAUCUAAUGCAACUACAGUAGACAAUAUCAGAACUGUUUUUGGAAAUGCAGUGAGCAGGGAACUCAUAGAAGUAGGAUGUGAAGAGGAGAAACUGGCAUUUAAAAUGAAAGGUUACGUGACUAAUGCCAACUAUUCUAUGAAAAAGUGCAUUUUCUUACUCUUCAUUAAUGCAAGACUAGUUGAAUCCACAGCAUUAAAGAAAGCAAUAGAAACUGUGUAUGCUGCUUACUUACCAAAAAAUACACAUCCUUUCCUGUACUUAAGCCUAGAAAUAGCUCCUCAAAAUGUUGAUGUGAAUGUGCACCCUACAAAGCAUGAGGUACAUUUUCUCCAUGAAGAUAGCAUCAUAGAGAGGGUGCAGCAGCACAUUGAAAGUAAACUGCUGGGAUCAAACUCUUCCAGAAUGUACUUCACACAGACAUUAUUACCUGGAAAUUCUGUCUGUGCAAGUAAUGUUACUAAACCACCGCCAGCUUCCUCUACAUCUCAGAAGUCCAGUGAAAAGGUUUAUGCUCACCAGAUGGUACGUACAGACUCCAGGGAGCAGAAGUUGGAUGCUUUUCUUCAGCCUGUGAACAGACCUCCGCUUAUUCUCUCAGACUGCCAAGCUCCUGACAAUGCUGAAGGUCAGAAAGAUAGCAGACUUCCCUCAGAGGAUACAGAGAUGGCAGAAACAAGUGAUCUGGAAAUGCUUGAUGUUCUUGAGGCUACCGCCAACCCAGACAAUUCUGUGCUGAAACAAAAAGAAACUGAUGACUCCACAAACAUUGUACAGCCCAGGAAACGACCACGAAAAGAAUCUGAUGUGGAAAUGGUUGAGGAAGAUGAGUCGGUUAAGUCUUUGACAGCUGCCUCCAUGCCAAGAAGAAGAAUUAUAAAUUUGACAAGUAUACUGAGUCUGCAGAAGAAGAUUGAAGAGUGUGGUCACUCAAGUCUUCAGGACAUGCUGCGCAAUCAUUCCUUUGUUGGCUGUGUCACUCCCCAGUGGGCUUUAGCUCAGUUUCAGACAAAGUUAUAUCUUCUAAACACCACUAAACUCAGCCAAGAAUUAUUUUACCAAAUACUCAUUUAUGACUUUGGAAACUUCGGCAUAAUGAAAUUAUCUGAGCCAGCUCCACUGUAUGACUUGGCAAUGUUAGCCUUGGAUAGUACAGAGAGUGGGUGGACAGAAGAAGAUGGCCCUAAAGAAGGACUUGCUGAAUAUAUUGUACAGUUUUUAAAGAAGAAAGCAGAGAUGAUGGCAGACUACUUCUCACUUGAAAUUGACCAGGAAGGUAACCUUAUAGGAUUACCUAUACUGCUAGACAACUACAUCCCUCCUAUGGAAGGAUUGCCAUUGUUUAUUUUGCGCCUAGCCACAGAGGUCAAUUGGGAUGAUGAGAAGGAGUGCUUUGAAAGUUUUAGCAAGGAAUGUUCCAUGUUUUACUCUAUUCGGAAGCAGUAUAUAUUAGAAGAAUCUUCCAGUAAUGCGGACAAUGAAUCCUUAACAGGGUCUUCCUCUUGGCGCUGGACUACAGAACACAUUCUAUACAAAGCCUUCAGAACUCACCUGCUACCUCCAAAGCCCUUUUCAGAAGAUGGAAGCAUCCUUCAGCUUGCAAAUCUCCCUGACUUAUAUAAAGUGUUUGAAAGAUGCUAGCAUUCUGCAGAUGACUCCUGUGGACUAAUUACUUCUCUUAAACAACUACAAAAAAAACUAAUUGAAGUUCUUCCCUCCCUCUGUCAUAUUUAUGUAUUGACCUCUUUGAGGCAAAUCCCCCCAUAGUUAAAAAUAUCCUUAUUGUUAUAGCAUAUAAAGUUCCAAACUUUAAGUAUAACAGUCUGUUAUGAUCCUACAUAUAAUUGUUGCUUAAUUGAUAAGGAAACGCCAUCAGUUGUACAGUAUGAGGCAUAUUUAUUAACAUUGGAGACAGACAUCACCAGUGAGGUUAAGAUUGGUUGCUAUGGGCAACAUCACCGUGAUGUUUGUCUUCUGUGUUAAUAAAUACACCCAUUUGUGUUUGUAACAGUGCAGUGAGUUUUAACUAACUUGUCACAUUGCAUGAUUAGUAAAAGGGUUGAGAGGAAACUGCACUUAUCCUGUGAAUGUGUAAAUAUGCACCCACUAUUUGUUUUUCUUAUCCUAAAUGACCACUGCUUGUAGCACUUAAUGUUUAUGUAUUGUUAUAUAUUUAAGUAAUAUUUUUUUUUCUUUUUUUUUUUUAUAUCUUGUUCUCCGGUUGGCACUAGCCUUUAUAAAAGCUGGUUAACAACAACAACCUUGAUGUAAUGUUUUAACAAGAUGAUAAUCAUUUUGUAAAUUAAUUUUAGGGUUUGUAUACAAAUAAGUCGAUUA